GGCCUUCCAGCCAAAAGGCGGGCAGAGAGCAGGAGAGGCACAGAACCCGGCCUUGGUUCCGAGGCAGCCAGUUAGCCCGCCGCCUGCCUGUCUGCCUGUCCCCUGAGCCAUGGAGAGAGCCAGUCUGAUCCAGAAGGCCAAGUUGGCCGAGCAGGCCGAACGCUAUGAAGACAUGGCAGCUUUCAUGAAGAGCGCCGUGGAAAAGGGUGAGGAGCUAUCCUGCGAAGAGCGCAACCUGCUCUCAGUGGCCUACAAGAACGUGGUGGGUGGCCAGCGGGCGGCGUGGAGGGUCCUGUCCAGUAUCGAGCAAAAGAGCAAUGAAGAAAGCUCGGAAGAGAAGGGCCCGGAGGUGCAAGAGUACCGGGAGAAGGUAGAGACGGAGCUCCGGGGCGUGUGCGACACGGUGCUGGGCUUGCUGGACACCCACCUCAUCAAGGAGGCCGGUGAUGCCGAAAGUCGGGUCUUCUACCUGAAAAUGAAGGGCGACUACUACCGCUACCUGGCCGAAGUGGCCACUGGCGACGACAAGAAGCGCAUCAUCGACUCAGCCCGGUCGGCCUACCAGGAGGCCAUGGACAUCAGCAAGAAGGAGAUGCCGCCCACCAACCCCAUCCGCCUGGGCCUGGCCCUGAACUUUUCCGUCUUCCACUAUGAGAUCGCCAACAGCCCCGAGGAGGCCAUCUCGCUGGCCAAGACCACCUUCGACGAGGCCAUGGCCGACCUGCACACCCUCAGCGAGGACUCCUACAAAGACAGCACUCUCAUCAUGCAGCUGUUGCGAGACAACCUGACGCUGUGGACGGCCGACAACGCCGGGGAAGAAGGGGGCGAGGCUCCCGAGGAGCCCCAGAGCUGAGCCGCGCCGCUGCGCGCCCUGCCCUGCCCUGCCCGCUCCAGUCCCCCACUCCCGGCAGAGAGGACUUGUAUGGGGUGGGAGGCCCGACCCUUCUCCCCAAACGCUCUGGCCCAGCUCAGAAAGGCUCCAUAGAGAGGAACCAGUGGAGCCGAGGCCCCCUGAAGCCAGAGGAUUCCACGCUUCCUGCAGCCGUCAGGUGCUCCUGGCCACUGGUCAUCCCAUCCAGCCCUGCUCUCUGUCUCCACCCCCGACCCCCACCCCACACCGCCCCCCACCCCGAACCUGACCACUUCCUCCCCACUCCAAUCCCCUCCUGCCCCUGCUACCUAUGGAUCUUAGGAAUUGAGGAGUGUCCCAUCUUUGGAGCUGAAAACUGAACUGUGUGGCAGAGGUUGGUGAUGAAAGUGUGUGUGUGUGCCUGUGCGUGUGUGUGUGUGUGUGUGUGCAGCAACCAAGACCCAGGAUGAGAGGGAAAGCAUGUCUGCUGGGUGUGACCAUGUUUCCUCUCAAUAAAGUUGCCCUGUGACACUC